AUGAAGAAAACACAUGAUGCCAUUGUUUAUGAACCUGAAGAACUUCUGAAUACCUCUCCCAAAGUAACAAAUUGUUGCAAACUGUGGGUGAAAUACAGUUUUCAGAGGACAUACAUGACCAGACUUGUUUGCUCCCAGGCAGUUUCAGCCAUGCCAAGGAAAACAGAUCACAGUCCACCUCCUCAGCCCAAGGUGAAUAUAAUUUGCCAGAGCCUUCAUCAGGAGGAAAUAAUCCAGGAGUUAACCAUGAAGCUGAGACACAUUGGAGACAGCAUUGAUCAUAGGAUGGCUCAAGAGGCUCUUCAGCAGGAAGGCAGAGAUGCACUGGCUCAUUUUGUCUUCAUUUUCUUCGGAGGAGUUCAUGGGCUGCUACGCUUUCUCUGGAAUAACCACUUGGUGUAAAUGGAAUGUAAAUGUCAAGUUCUGUUUUCCUGCUACCCUCUGAGAAAACAUGAAUCCUAUAGGAACAGACAGGAAAAAGACCCUCUUCCACCUUCCUCUCUUCACCCACCACUGUUGAUUUAUACCUGGUUUGUUGGAAAACUGCAGACUCUCUGGCCAUUUGUCUGUUCAGAGCAGCCAGCUUUGAGAUGUCUGUGAUUGCCUCAUGGCAGAGCCCAACGGAUACUUAGGAACUCAGGAGGCCUUGACACUUGGUGAACACCAGUGCUGUGGAUGGUCCCAGUGCCCCUAAUCAGGAAACCUUGAACAUUUCCUUCUAUCAGUGAAACUGAGGUCACAGAAUGGACGCUUUCUCAUGGCCUUCCUGGGUGCCAGGCCUGCAGUGAGCUGUCGGCCCCACCCUGUUGCCCAUGCCCAGCUAUGCAGUGUCCCAUUCUCCUUUUACCUUUCUACCUCAUAUUCCCAAUCUCCCACCUUGUAGAAGUAUUACAAGUACUAAGACAGUUUACUGUUGUAAGUUCUAUA